UUAAAAGAAGAAGGCCUUCACUGAAGAAGAAACGAUAGAACGAGAUACGACCAGUACGUCAGUAGACCAUCACCAACAGUAUUAGCAAAGGCGUCGGUCGGCACAUACGAAAACGGCGACAACGCAUUAUCGUUAUAGUUUUCCGGCGAAAUUUGAAUUCAACGUACACAAAGAAUAACAGAAACCAAAAUGAAAACAAUAAUUUUCAUUUCGAUCUGUCUAUGCCUGGUGGUCUCCACAAUUUCGGCCGAGAAAUCGACGCACAACAAACAUGACAACAAAAAGCUUUUGAAAAGCGGUGGCCAUGAACAACAACAGCAGCAACUGAAGGAGGCUGUUGCAGCCCACAAAUCGGAACAUUCCUCGAAAUCACCUUUGCCCUUGAAGGAAGAUUUGCCUGCCGAACAAAAGCCAGUGCGUGAGGGCCGUAAACAUCAUCGUCAUGGCAAGAAUAGGAAAGGUGGUCAACAUGCUGGCGAAGCGCAUCAGCAAAGUGGUCGUUCUCGCAAAUCUCAUUCCAAGCCAAAGACAAAUCAAAAUGGUCCCUCCAAGACCCAUCACAAUAAGCAUGGUCGCAAACAGGGGCGUGGCAAGCAAGUCCAACAAUAGUUUCAUUAAGUUAAGGAAUUCAUAUCUUCGCUUUCAUUUUUAUUACUAGUAGAAAUGUGUAUUAAUAAUUGAAAAUAACUUUAAUAAAUAAUUUAAAAUUUUUAGAAA